AUGGAUGCAAAUGUGACGCCACCUACUGUUUGGAUAGACAUGUCGAACGCUAUACAGCAAGUAGAGCAAGAAAACUCAAUUCCUCGCCAAGAUUCCUCGCAACUCACAACUCGCUCAAGUGAGACUGAUUUCACGCAUACAACAACAACCAACUCAUCCAUAAAAACCACGCCUAUUCGAAAAUCCAUGUCAGAGCUCUCUUUACACAACAAGAGGGACUCAGAUCUGAGGCAGCAAUACGAACAACGGCCUGAAAAAGUCCCGGAUAUAGCUGCCGAAAUGGAGAAAUGGUAUGCCAUGACGGAUAGAUAUGGGUUUUUGGAAGAACAGCCCUCAAGAUCCGAGCUAAAAGCCAAGGCGAAAGAAGUGGAAAGGGCAGAGAAAUGGGCCAAUAUGUCUACUGCAGUGACAAUAGACCAGGAGAGCGCUCACAAGUUUGUAUUCAACUACAAGUUCAAGAAAAGAGUUUACAAAGGCAUCCCUGAUUGUUGGCGAAGAGAAGCAUGGUAUUAUUUAUCUACCGAUUGCCUAAAAAAUGCAACAAAUGAUCAUCAAUUAAGGGCUACAUAUCAGGAACUAUUGUUGAAAGAGAAUUCGCAUGAACGUCAAAUAGAUUUGGAUAUUCCUAGAACCCUGAGAGAUCACAUCAUGUUUAGACAGCGGUAUGGCUCAGGACAACGUGCGUUGUUCAAUGUACUUCGAGCAUUUGCUAGCUAUGACGAGGAGGUUGGCUAUUGUCAGGGCAUGACCAACAUUGUAGCAACCAUUCUCAUGUAUUGUGAAGAGGAGAAAGCAUUCUUAGUGCUGGUGCACAUGUUUUUGCGGGACAAAUUGCAUAAUUUAUAUAUACCUGGCUUCCCCAUGCUGAUGGAGAGCUUCUACAUUCAAGAGCAAUUGUUGAAACGAUAUCUCCCCAAACUAUACCAACAUUUGACAGACCUAGGUCUAUCCAGUGAUAUCUAUUCUACAAGAUGGUACAUUACACUAUUUGCCGGUGGUGUGGUGAACUACCACACGCUCAUGCGAAUCUGGGAUGUCUAUUUCUUGUGCGGAUACGAUGUAUUUUUCUUUGUAGCAGUGGCGUUACUGAAAACGCAUGAAGCACGCUUAUUAGCGUCUGAUCUCGAUGUGUGCAUGGAAAUAUUAGGGUCCACCAUGUCGGUUCCUAAUGACGAUAGAUUCCUUAAGAGCAUUGAAAAACUAUAUGAAAAGAACGAGAACAGUGGGACGAUUCAAAAACUACGCCAAGAAUAUCUAUCAAAACACCAAUAA